CCUCUCUUCUGACAACCUUCACUAAGGAGUUGCAAGCGAUUCAGGAUGCUAGGCUCUUCUCGUCUUGCGCCCUACAUAAUUCUCGUUUUCCUGGCGAUGUCGACAUUUGCCAUCUCUGGCAUGGUCGCUGCAGAGGCAGAGACUGAUCCUGGAGGUCUCACCGACCGCUUGUCUUCGCCUCUCCCAAAGAAGCACUCGCCCUUGUCGCAGUCGUCCUCUGUGAGCUUUCUCAAUACCGCUGCUGAAACUACAAGGAAGCGUGCUGGGACCAAAGAGUGGCAACGACCUUUCGUUAUCACUUGGUUUCCUCACGCCGAGAGGCGGGCUCAACGAGUGAGCAGCUCGCUCGGCACUAGGGAUAGCUUUCUGAAUGACAAGCUUGUCAAACCGUUAAAGUAUGCGAGCCAAGAGUGUCGAGAUAAAGUCCAAGAACGCUCGAGCAGCGACUUGUGUCAGGCCUACUGUCACGGAGACUAUCGAGGACUGGCAAUCACUCUUCUCACGUGCGGCGUAUUCCCUAAAAACUUUGUCGAAAACGUUGACGAGCUGAAAGACGAAGUGCUCCCAGGAGAGGCUGAAGUCAAGUUGGGCCUGGCGAAGAAAUUCAUAGACGCGGCCCACGAGGAAUACAGGAACGAAGUCUUCUCCCCAAAAAACCUUGACAAGCUUUACGACGAGGACCGUGAACUUCGCGGCGAACCCGAGAUGGUGGAAGUGACGAGCUGGCAAGACUUUCUUGACAAAACGAAGAAGAAAUUCUCAUCGCCAGAGCGCCAACAAGUCUAUCGCGACCAACUUAAAGUCAUCCCUGUUGUCUAUGAAGGCUGGAAAAAAUUAGAAAAGGACAACUAUCAGCGCUUCCUCAAAGGUCUAAAGGACGGCACCUUCACGGGGAACGUAGCAGACUACUUUACGCGAGCAAGAAACGCACAAGCGCCAACAACGUCAAGGGGCAGGAAGCGAAAGAUCCGAGUGCCUAAACGAAGAUACAGUAGGCUCAAGACCAACGAAGGCAAGAUGUUUGGAGAAAAGAGGACAGAAGCCAGACUAGCGCAGCCACUGCACGACUGUGGAAUGGGACCACUAUCCAAGGCGGCAUUGCCUGGACCGAAAGAGGAGAAGGAGCGCAAAGCGUAUUUCGACGAAGUAGCUCGAGAGUGGAAAGAAGGACAACGGAACCGUUACCUCUUCAAAUGGGGCAUCUUACGACCUACAAUGAACUCCGCUUUGUCGACGGGGCCUUCGACCAACGAUCCGAUUCCCACCGGUUGGAGCGCUCCGCCGAGCAAGGAACCAGAUACUCCGGGAAGGAAGACGAAGACGCUCGUCAAGUGUCCGUCGACAUUUGGUCACCGUGACUUCGUAAUCUUCACGCUUGCUCGCUCCUGUAAAGGCCCGACGGCGGUUGCGCACACAAGGAUACUGAAGCAGGAGCUCUCACAUUCGGAAGGGUAUGAUACGGCGGCCCCAGAGAAGAUAAUGGCGGAUAAAACAGGAGGCUUCGCCAAGGACUAUGUGCAGCAGGCUCUCAAAGAGUACGAAGCGGAUGCCUUUUCUUCCGAAUCGCUGGAAAAACGCUACGCCAAGUACUUAGAGGAACGCGGCAAGCCUACAAUGGUGGAAUUCAAAGGUCUCGAAGAGCUCACUAUAAGAGAGAACGAGAAAGAAGAAAAGGAAUCUGCCAACGUCUACUUGGACGUGCUAGCACGUGAAUGGAGGGAGGCCGAACGAAAUCGAUGGAUGCUCGGUCAGCCGAAAGCUUCCAGCUUUGUUCGAACUGAAGAGGCCAAGAGAGGGCCGAUUACAACAACACUGAAGGUCAACGUUUCUUUCUUACUCGGGAUAAGCCAAUACGCAUUCCUCGGCUGGAGGGAAAAGGAAGGAGAAAGCUACCGACGCCUCCUCGACGACAUCAGGGAGGGGAGGUACAACCACAACCCCUUCGCAUAUGUCAAGCCGGAAGAGUACGACCACUACCAUUUUCUCGGUCAAGCUAAGGAAAGGGGCGGACGUCGGGGUCGCAAAGUCCCGAUCAUCGACCUUAAUAAAAGCCCGCCAGAAGAAAAGAAAGGGACAAAGUUGUCCGCCUUCGAAGAAGAAUACCGGAGGCUCCGGGACAACAUGAAAUCCACAACGUCAAAAGAAAGGGAUGUCGGGAGCUCAGGAUCCACGAGAUGGACUCCCCACUUCCCUUCCAUGGUCCUUUCCGAUCCGCCGUAUCUGGGUCCCCGUGGAUUGAAGCCUGACAUUCCUAAGGAGAUAUUGGAAAAAGUGGCCAAGCCCACCAGCUUGCUUCCUUUUCCCGAGACCAAGACCUCCGACGAUUCAGCGAAAAAUUGA